CCACUUGAACCAUAACUCACAACCCCCACCCUCACUCACCACAGCCCCUCCCUAGGAAUGAUACAAACCCCAUUUAUACUUCACCAUCAAAAAAAAAACACCAAGAUCAUCAUAAAUAUAUAUAAAUAUUAACAAAACAAGUUUCUUUCUUUUUUUAAAACUUUUAACUUGUUAAACAAAGGGUGUUCAAGAAUGUGGAGAAUGCCCAGAAUUAAGAUACUGUUGCUGUUACUUUUUAUAUUUUCUUGUGUUUGUUCUUCCAUUAGAGCAGCUGUAUCUUAUGAUGAUAAAGCCAUUAUCAUCAAUGGCAGAAGAAGGAUCCUUAUGUCUGGUUCUAUUCAUUAUCCAAGAAGCACCCCUGAGAUGUGGCCUGGUCUUAUAAAAAAGGCCAAAGAUGGAGGCUUAGAUGUCAUACAAACUUAUGUAUUUUGGAAUGGGCAUGAACCAUCUCCUGGAAAGUACAACUUUGAAGGGAGGUAUGAUUUGGUGAAAUUCAUAAAACUGAUACAAGAAGCAGGCCUAUAUGUUAAUUUACGAAUCGGCCCUUACGUUUGCGCAGAGUGGAAUUUCGGGGGAUUCCCUGUUUGGCUUAAAUAUGUACCCGGUAUGUCCUUCAGAACGGAUAAUGAACCUUUCAAGGUGGCAAUGGAAAGAUUUACGGCGAAAAUAGUCAACAUGAUGAAGUCAGAGGAACUAUUUGAGCCUCAAGGAGGUCCAAUUAUCUUGUCUCAGAUAGAGAACGAGUACGGGCCCGUUGAAUGGGAUAUUGGUGCCCCGGGAAAAGCGUACACUAAAUGGGCAGCCCAAAUGGCUAACGGUCUAAAAACCGGUGUCCCUUGGAUCAUGUGCAAACAAGAAGAUGCUCCUGAUCCAAUGAUCGAUACAUGUAAUGGUUUUUACUGUGAAAAAUUCACUCCAAACAAGCCAUACAAACCUAAAAUGUUUACAGAGCUUUGGACUGGCUGGUUUACGGAAUUUGGUGGACCGGUUCCUACCAGACCCGUAGAAGAUAUAGCAUACGCAGUCGCAAGAUUCAUACAGAAUAACGGUUCUUUUGUCAACUAUUAUAUGUACCAUGGAGGAACAAACUUCGGUCGGACAGCUGGCGGUCUAUUCAUCACGACUAGUUAUGAUUAUGAUGCUCCUAUUGAUGAAUAUGGAUUACUAAACGAACCGAAAUGGGGGCAUUUAAGGGAUUUACACACAGCCAUAAAACUAAUCGAACCAGCUUUAGUUUCAGCUUAUCCUACUGUUACUUAUCCUGGAAAGAAUCAAGAGAUACAUGUAUUUCAAGCAAAGUCCGGGGGUUGUGCGGCAUUUCUCUCAAACUUUGACCCGCAAGUUUCAGCAAAAAUAACAUUUGGAAAUUCCCAAUAUGACCUUCCUCCUUGGUCAAUUAGCAUUCUCCAGGACUGCAAAGAUGAAGUUUUCAACACUGCAACGGUUAAAGCUCCAAGCACACAAAAAAAGAUGACAACUGUUGCGUCUUUCGAUUGGCAAUCAUAUGAUGAAGAAGCUCCAUCUUCUGAUGACAGUGAUACUUUCUCUAUGUCGGGAUUAUACGAGCAACUAAAUGUAACUAGAGAUGCCUCUGAUUACCUGUGGUACCUUACAGAAAUAGAUAUAUCACCAAAUGAAGAAUUUUUGAAGAACGGCCAGUUUCCUGAGCUGACGGUUAUGUCAGCAGGGCAUGCUUUGCAUGUCUUUAUCAACAACCAACUGGCAGGAACAGUUUGGGGAUCACUAAAAAACACGAAAAUAACAUUUAGUCAAAAUGUUAAGUUGAGAGCGGGAGUCAACAAGAUCUCUAUGCUAAGUGUUUCUGUGGGCCUUGCGAAUGUCGGCACACACUUUGAGAACUACAAUAUAGGGAUUCUAGGUCCAAUCACCUUGAAGGGUCUAGAUGAUGGUACAAGAGACUUGACAAAGCAACAAUGGUCGUAUAAGGUUGGUUUAAAAGGUGAAAGGUUAAGUCUCCAUACACUCGACGGAAGUUCAUCUGUUGAGUGGCUACAAGGAUCCUUCGUGGCUCAAAAACAACCUCUUACUUGGUACAAGACUACAUUCAAUGCUCCAAAAGGAGAUGCACCACUGGCUUUAGAUAUGAAUGGCAUGGGGAAAGGUCAAAUAUGGGUCAACGGUGAGGGCGUCGGGAGAUACUGGCCGGCGAACAAAGCUCAUGGUAACUGUGAUAAAUGCAGUUACGCCGGGAUUUAUAACGAGAAUAAAUGCAACCAAUAUUGCGGAGAGCCGUCUCAAAGAUGGUAUCAUGUUCCCCGCUCAUGGUUGAGACCGACCGGUAACUUCUUGGUUAUUUUUGAAGAAUGGGGCGGCAACCCGGACUGGAUUACUUUGGUCCAAAGAACAACUUAAAUAAUAACUGAUUACAGUUUUUAGUUAAUUUCAUAGUUUUAGUACAUAAAGGUAAAGAAGAUGAAAAUAAGGAUAUUGGUUAUACUAAGUGGAAAUGUAAAGGCAUAUCACUUGCCACAUUGGUCAAGUUAAAAAGCAGUAUAGUUUCAUUUGUUUGUAUGAACACAAUUGUAACAAGUUUAGUUUUGGAUAUCAUAUCAUUUAAGUUUAACAGUC